AAAAAAGCCAUUUUCCCAGGCAGUGGUUGCAACAUCGCCGCGGAGGCUGCGAGAGAAGCUGACAGCGCGGAGCUGGCGCUGCCGAGCGCAGGAAGCCGUGCCGGUUCCUUCAGCCGGCGUCUGCGAGGACAGUGGUUUCUGACCCGCUCGGGUUAGGGGAUUUUGCACAGACGUGAAGCGAUGCUUGUGAUCCUGCGGCUCCUCAAAGGCACCUAGAAGCCUGCUUCUCAGUGCUGCCCAGGACCUCCAGCCCCAUGGAGCCCCCGAUCCCACAGGCCGCCCCCUUGACUCCCAGCUCAGUCAUGGUCCAGCCCCUUCUCGACAGCCGCGUGCCCCACAGCCGGCUCCAGCACCCGCUCACCAUCCUCCCCAUCGACCAGAUGAAGACCAGCCAUGUGGAGAACGACUACAUCGACAAUCCCAGCCUGGCGCCCCCCGCCGGCCCCAAGCGGACCCGGGCGGGGGCCCCGGAGCCGGCCUCCACGCCUGCGCGCUGUGACCAGGACGUCACACACCACUGGAUCUCCUUCAGCGGCCGCCCCAGCUCCGUGAGCAGCAGCAGCAGCACGUCCUCCGACCAGCGGCUCCUCGACCACAUGGCGCCGCCCCCCGUGGCCGACCAGGCCUCCCCGAGGGCCGUGCGCAUCCAGCCCAAGGCCAUCCACUGCAAGCCGCUGGACCUCAAGGGCCCGGCGGCGCCCCCGGAGCUGGACAAGCACUUCCUGCUGUGCGAGGCCUGCGGCAAGUGCAAGUGCAAGGAGUGCGCCGCGCCCCGGACGCUGCCCUCCUGCUGGGUCUGCAACCAGGAGUGCCUGUGCUCCGCGCAGACCCUGGUCAACUACGGCACCUGCAUGUGCCUGGUGCAGGGCGUCUUUUACCACUGCACCAACGAGGACGACGAGGGCUCCUGCGCCGACCACCCCUGCUCCUGCUCCCGCUCCAACUGCUGCGCCCGCUGGUCCUUCAUGGGCGCCCUGUCCCUGGUGCUGCCCUGCCUGCUCUGCUACCUGCCCGCCACGGGCUGCGUGAAGCUGGCCCAACGCGGCUACGACCGCCUGCGCCGGCCCGGCUGCCGCUGCAAGCACACGAACAGCGUCAUCUGUAAGGCGGCCGCCCCGGGUGACGCCCAGGCCGGCAGGCCCGACAAGCCUUUCUGACGUCAGGGCCCAAGCCGCCCCCUGCGCUCCCCUGGGAACCGGGUUCCCUCCUGACACCUGAGAAGACUGCAGCAGCGAGGCCAGAGGUUCUGUUCUGGCCGCAGAGGUGACCUUGCCAGGCUGCCACCCCAGCUUCGGAAGAAAACAGAGACCCCACCCCCCACUGUCUUCCUUCCCCAAGAGGAAGAAGUGGCACUUUGGGGUGGUUUUGCAGGUCCUGGAACUUUGUGUGAAACCGACAGUGGCAGGGGCAUGGUGUGCUUUGCAAGGGGGGGGAAGGAGGGGAGGAUUUUUCUUUUCCAGAAGACAGAUGUGGCCACAUAGCCGGAAGUUGCAGCUGCUUGACUGCCUUCCCAGUUCUCCCUCCUCCCUUCCUCCCUUACCCCCCUCUUUCUUUUUAGCUGCCUGGGAGGGACCGGGAACAGUGGCCAGGGGACCUCUGAAGACAACCAUGGAGUCUUGAUGGCUGUGUCUUUUCUCCUUCCCGGCCCCACGGCUCACCUGGCAUCCUGGGGAAGGUGUAGGCCCCGGCUGGCAGUCCUGUUGUAUAUACACGCGGGAGCCCUCGAGAAGAGAAGACGGCCAGCGAGUCCAGGCCUCGCUCCUCUCGCUUUCUCCGGAGCCACGGAUGGACUCAGGAGCGGCUACGCAGAGCACCUCUCCCUCCCAGCUCCAUCGCCCAUGGGGUUGUUGCGCUCUUAACACCGUCCUCCGGUUCUUGCUGAGUCACAGGCUCGCUUGCCUGCUUCUUGUCCUGAGCUCUCUCCACCCAGAUCCUUCCCAGAAACUUGAUGGGUCGAGAAGCCCAGGGCGGCAAACGCAAGACCAAAUAUCACUUUGCCAAUGAGUCUGAGGCUGUGGCCUCCGGGCCCAGUCGUUGUGCUUUUAUAGAAUAAUUAAACCAGAUGCUAACGGUGUUUUAGGAAACAAUAAACACUUGCUUCCUUUUGGGCCACCCCCAGGAAGGGCUGAUUUCAAAAUGGGGGGUGAGGGGAGCGAGCCACCUUAAAAAACACAAACCCCCGCCCCACCAAGAAGAGGAUUUUAACAGCAAAGAAGAGGAGGCAGCACCUCGCGUUGACGGGGGGAGGACAGUGGAGCCAAGAUGGGUGCCGGUUUCUUCUCUUCCGAUUCUGCUGCUUGCUGUCAUAGCCUUUUAUGUACAGUGAUGUGUCAGUAUCUCUCAUGUAAAUAGACGGCUGAUGGGAAGAGUCUAUUUUCGUGUCAGGAAGCCCUGGUGGGGGAGUCGGAGGAAGGCAGGUGGGGGAGAGUUUCUCCAGGGGCUUCUCGGGGUUGAGCCCUGCUUCCGUGCAUGGCCCCGCCCCCGCUCCCAGCAGCCCCCCAAAGACGUAGCAACUCUUUCUCUCAAGGUGCUAAAGAACUCGGAGAGUGCAGCACGUCCAGUGGGUAGGUACUUGUUGCAUGCAGACGCCGUCGUGUCUGGUCCUUCUCCCUCGUGUUGUGCAGGGUUCUUGCUUCAUGUGGUAUUUUGUGUCCCCCUCCCCCCUCCUCCUCUCUACCCCAUAAGAGGAAGUGGCCUGGGUCAGAAAAGCCACCCCAGGCGAAAUUGGAAGAGCAGUAGCAUUUCCACUUUGUCCUGGAGGAACACCUAUGCCUCCAGGAAGGAUGCGAGGAGGCAGGUAGCUGUGACUGGGUGCACCCAGCGCUUCUCAAGAACAACCCCCACUCCCUCCCCCCCCCCCCCCCCCCCUGCCCUGGACUGAAGACUAGUAGUAACAUCUUAUGAUUUAGAAUAAGUUAAUUGUAACCAUAGGUAUUUAUUGAUGGGAGGAAAGGAGGGGAGGGUCUUAUUAUUUUUUAAAAGGCUUUAUUUAUAUAAUAUUUGCUAGCUUGUAAAAGGCAAACAGGAAAUACUGCAUCUGAAGUUUUCUAUGGCUGGUUCACGUAGCUACCCUUUGCCACAGUCGUUGAUGGAUGUGUGAUUGUUCUUGCACAAAUGGAGGGAACGGUAGGAAGGAAAAAACACAUUCAGCCAACCACUUACGCUAAUUGAAUGUAUCAGUCGUGUACUGAAGGGACUGGAGAGGUUUUCCUCAGAAGAGGUUACCCCUAAACCCAGGGGGCACACCUCCACUUUUGGGGGGGCCUCGGAGCUUUCCCAGAGCCCUUCCCUCCGAUGUCUCCAUGGGGAACUUGACCUGGUGGCAAGUUGCACUUUGGUGAUGGUGUUCUACACACCCAUUCUGUGGAGAAUUGAUUUGUAUAAGCUGUGUAUACACACACACACACACCUACCCCACCCACCCUCUGUCUAUACAGACCCUGUUUCUGGCAAACGGCCUCCUUGAACCCUGACUUUUUGUGUACAUAGUUGUAAACACGGAUUUUUCGGGAUUUUGGAUUUCUUUUUCCCUUUUUCUCCUUCCGGUUUCGGCUUGUCCCUUUUAGUUUGCAUUUAGCCUGCUAGGUGGAUGUCUGCAGAGCUCUCGGUGUCCUGUGUGCUCGUGGGUGGAGGGAAGGAGUGGACAGCCCGGCCCCCUGCCCAGCUCUGUUGCACCGCAGUCCCUCAGCAUGUUUUUUCUCGGCUUCUUGGAAAAACAGACACAAGAAAACUGGCUUGCUGUGGACCAGUCGGGGGCCACCAAGGACCCAGCUCUCAGUAAUAGGACAUUUCUGGGCCACUCUGGCUGGUCAUGUUUCCUGUCACCCACGGCUUCCUUGGCUGGAUCAGUCCUCGUCUUGACCUCUUUUGAGAAAUGCCAGCUAAUUUCCACGUCUCUUCAACCUGGAGUGGGUGGUGGUUCUGCCUGGAGUGGGAUGGCACGAGCCUGGGUCCAGGACACUUGUCCUAGGGGCCUUGGUGCUCCCCGCACCCCAAGGGCGGCUUGUGGAAGCCCAACGCUCCAGCAAGCGCCCUGCCAAUGGUUUGGGACAGCGAAGCCCUCUCACGUCCAUGACUGCACAGCCACGGCUUCGACAGCUGGAAGGAGGCAGAGACCCGUUCCUCCUGACAGAUGACCGCUCACCUGUCCUUUCGGCGUCCUGAAGUCUGUGUGGGCCCGCGCUGUGCAUGGCGUGAGACCUAGACAGACAAUGACUUGUCCAAGGCUGCACAGCAUGGCGAGUGUUGGUUGGGACCAGCACCCAGAACCUUGUCACCUUGAAGCUUCAUGUUCCCCCCAUGCUGCCCCAGGAGAUACCCAGUGGGUGUGGGCAGCACCCCUUCGCACUGUACAAUUCAGUCCCCCAGGGCGUCCUGCCCGCAUCCCCAGCCUUCCGGCUCAUGCCUUCGGUGAGCGUUUUCAUGCCCUGCUUACUGUGACAGUUGGUGACCAUUCCUGCGCUGCCAUUCUCGCUGUGGGUAACUCCCGUGUGGUGUCUGAUCUCGCUUUCGCUUCUCACUGCCGCAGUUCGGUUUCCUGUUACAAACGGGAAAGCUGUCCGAGGUUCCCAUCCCACCGCACUUCCGACAUAUCCCUCCCCCCCUCACUGUAGCCCCUUCUCACCCCACAACGUUACCACAGAAGGUCCCCUUUGUAUAGAAUAUUUAUUUUGAAGCUCUAUUUUAAUAGUAUUUAUUUUAGAAAGUCUACUAUUGUAAGAGUUCUUCUGUUUGUGAAGAAAAAAACAAGUUAAAACUGAAUGUACUGAUUUAGAAAAUAUAUAUAAAUAUAUAUUGUUAAAUAUA